GCGUUUUCUGCAGGCCAAGAACCUCACCAGAACCCAGGUGCCCUUGAAGAUCCAGCAGGCAGCGUGCUCCACCACGCAGAACAUGCAGUAUCUGAUCCAGUAUGCGCGUAACGCGUCGAGCUGGAAGAAGCAAGAAGCUGCGGACAAGUGCGAGGACGAAAACCCGGGUCACUACUACACGCCGACAGGCAAGUGCCUGCUCAAGCAGUGUUAUUGCACCAUCGAGCUUAGCGGGCGGACGGAAGGUACCCAAGGUGUCGACUGCCCCGAAAAUGGCAAGACCGACUGUGAGGGGUGUUGCACGACUCAGCAGAGAUCGUACUGUACAACCAAUGCAUGUUCCAGCGGCUUUAUCAUCAAGAAGGGUGCGGGGGAGCUCCUCUGCCAGCUUUCGACAUGCAACCCGACCUUCGACAACAGCAUGUGCUGCACAAAGGCGGACGUCGGCUCGAAGUUCCUGUUGACUUUCAAAGUCAGUUCCGAUGAUGACUGUGGAACAGACUCAGAUAUCUACGCGUGGCUGACGUAUCGGACCGGGAAAGGUGCGACGAAGUAUCUCAGCACAUCCAAAGACGACUUCAAGGCGGGUGAGCAGGAGUCCUUUGUCUACACCUUCGAAACGCCGCAGCAUCCGUUGGACAUCUGUGUCUGGAAUAAAGGGGAUGAUGAGCUGUGCCUGGACUGGGUGAAGAUUGCGAAUGAUGACUCCGACUCCCCGUUGCCUCUCGGGAAGACGUCGGGAUGGCCUUCCCUGAGCUCCGAUGAUGACCGGCCAAGCUCUUUGUGGUUUUUGGGGCCUUUUUUUGAUGGUUGA